AUGCACUUUCCAAUUUUCUCCCACUCAGGAGGCUUCGUCGCCAACUUUCUCCUCGGCGGUCUGGGCAAGUCCUACGGCCUAAUCAUGGAUGCCUUCCAGGAAGUAUACCAGUCUGGUUCGGCUCUCUUCAUGUUGGCUGGUGGUCUGAUCUACACACUCAUGUUCUGCUUGUGUAAUUUCUCGAUAUUGUUGUCAGAAACAGGAGAUUUACCUGCUGUUUCCACUGCGCAAACCAUUCUGGAGCUGUCCAUCCCAUAA